AGGUAAAAAAAAAAAAACAAUUUCUCCCCCAUGACAUUUUCUCUUUCCCGUGACCUUCCCCAAGAACCCUAAAUCCCCAAAUUGUGUAAUCCUCAAACUUUCGAUUCUCUUUCUUAUUAAGAUGAUUCCUCAUCGAUUGGGUCAUGUCGACACUCUACUCUACCACUAAAAGCCUUCGAUUCCUCAUCCACUCAGCCGGCGAACCCUAAAUGUCCUUUCUAAAAUUCAAAGAUUCGUCGAAGGUCGUGGCUUUAUUUACGUUUUCUCAGUUGUUUCUUCAGAUACAACCUCAUCUCCUCUUGAAGCUAUUCAAUUGAAAUAGAAAUCGUGGCAUCAAGAGAUAUGACUACAUCAAGCACCCACAAAAAAUAUCCAUCAAGACUUUAUGAAGAGGGAAAAUGUCCACUGCAAUAUCGAUCAAUGAAUCAUAACUGUCACUUGGCUGGUUUGCAGAUGGUGGAGGAAUCUGUUGGCUUGGAUGCGUGGGAAUCCAUUAAGGCAUCUUCUGUUGGAGUUAUUAUAAGGUUGAAAGAGAUGGAUUAUACAUGGUCAGCCCAAGUCGUUCACCAUUUGCUGGCAAACCAACUGGUCGUGGAUAAUCUUCAUGAGCUAUGGUCUGCAAUAGAAGGACAGCCAAUCAGGUUUUCGCUAUAUGAGUUUGGUGAAAUAACAGGUUUGAAUUGUGAACCUUUCGACAUCAAUGAUAAGGUGGAGGUUGAUCAUAAGGCGUUUUGGGAAGAGAUUGGUGUGUCUCCUUCACAUGGUCCAAUGUUAUCUGAGUUGCGCGAAUUGUUUCCUCGCAUUAGGAAUUGGUCAUUUGAGAAGAGAAGAAUGAUUGGCUGGCUUUGUGUCUUAUCGAUUGGCAUAUUAGGCAUCUCUCCCGGUAGCAGAAUUCCUUUGGAAGAAGCGAAGAGAGUCCUAGACGCAGAAGCUUUUGAAAGAUAUCCUUGGGGGCGUGUCGGAUUUUCCAGCCUCGUUAAUUCAGUUAAGCUUGUUUCAUAUGAAGGAAAGAAGAAAUAUACGCUUCGUGGAUGUGUUCAUGCUCUUCUCAUCUGGGUGUAUGAAUCAAUACCUGGCAUUGGGCAUGAAUAUGGGAACCAUAUUGAGGCUUAAAUUCCUAAUCUUUGGGUUGGAACAUUAAAUCUCUUUCGAAGAUGGUCUGCUCAAAGAACAAGGAGAAUCACCAAAAAAAAUUGCUCCACAGGGUGACCCGCAAUCAUAGAAUAUGAGAAUCUUCUGAGAUGGUGCUAUUCUCCAUCUCAAUUAACCAAAGAGAGUGCGUUAAAUAUUUAUCUGGCUGGUAUUGAAGACACGACGGAGCUUUUGGAGACGCAACUGCACUUUUGAAAUAUCAAACAUGUUGCUAGAGGAAGCACUGACAGUGGCUCGUGCCUUCAGCCACUUUCUUAACAUGAUAGGCGUUGCCAAAACCCAUCAUAGGCUAGCUAACUACACUUGACAUCCGUGUCACAAAAAUAAAAAGAUUUAAUCAAUUUAUGUUUUCAUACACUUGGAAGAUUGCUUUAUCAUUUAGAAAUUUGUUUUCCUAUUUUCAGAGUUAGUAGAGACUGCAACCUUCCACACCUCAUGAGGUCAUGCAAUGAUGUAUUCACUAAGCCGAGGCAAGGUGGUAUUUCCCCAUAUGAGCUUCACUACUUAGUUUGCAAACAGGUGCGUGUCAGACAUCUCAUUGUUAAGGCAGAAUCAGACAUAUAUCCUCAAUGGGAUGAUGACAAGGUUGAUGAUGAUCUUCAUAACUUGAUUUUAGACAUUCUACAUGACCAGCUUGAUGAUAAGUACUGGAGCUUGAAGGCAACUAAUGAACCAGUAGCAAUCAAAAAGCAAAGGAAAUUAGUGACUGAAGAAGAUGAUUGCAUGAAAAAAAAAAUCCAGCGAAGAGGAAAAUCACAGACUGUGGAUCCAGCCUUAACUCAGGUGGAGAUGAUGGAUUCAUGCAUGAUCUAAUGGAAGCAGUGAAGACAUUGACUGCAACGGUUCAAAAUGUGGACACAGUUGUUGCUGAGAAGGUGUUGACUACAUUAGACACAAAGAUUGAAGCAAAAGUAAAUGCAAGAGUUGCUCAAGCCGAGCAGGUACUCGGCAAUCAAAUCUUAGCAUUACAAGAACAAGUUGCUAAAAUUACAGAGCAGAUGCAAGCAAAUGCCCCCAAAAAUGAUGCACACAUUGUAAACCAAGAAGAUGAAGUCAACAGCAAUGACCCGUCAUGGAUGGUCCAAGACAAGACACCAUUUGAUGUAGAUGCGGCAGUGCAGUGUGUGGUUAGAAAGAAAGCCAAGAAAUCCGAGGUCAAGCUAACGUCUCCUAUUCUACUUGACACUGUUGGAGAUUCGGUUACUAGAAAAAAUCAAGUAAAAGAACCUGCUGGAGGUUUGAUAAAUGUUAAGAAGGAGAAGAAUGGAGUUCCACAACUUAGAGAUUCUGCUGAAACAUGGUCUGAUUUAGAAGAUAAGCAAAAAUAUGACAACCUAGGUACCACGUUAGACCAGUUAGCGGCAUCAAUCUUAGAAGGACCUUUGCAUAAACGCAAGCCACAACUGACAAAGACUCAAGUGUAUCCAUAUGUUGGUAACUCAACUGUGAAGAGGAUCAUAACAGGCGAUUCUGAGUGUAUAGCCGACUGUGAUCCCUUAACUAAAGUUGAGGAGACAAAAUUUAAGAAGCUAAUGGAUUAUCUACGAAGUAUUGCUGGUGAUAACGAUGUAGACACUCACUUCUACAUGAAGCUAAUAACGCCAAGAGAUCUUUGGAAAAAAUAUGAGUGUGGGUGGCUAACAGAUUCUCAUAUGGCAUCUGCAAUGCUUAUGUUUCAUAAAAGAUCUAUGAGGAACCCUUCACCAUACUCAUCAAGGAUAGCUUUUCUUGACCACUGGUUUGUCAACACGUGGGUCAGAGACUACAAGAAAUACGAUCCUAAGACAUGGAAGUUCUCAGAUACGUACAAGAAGGUCUUCAAUGGCAAUUAUCCUGAAGAGUUUUCCAACAACAGAAAGUGGCUGAAGGAUGUUGAUCGGUUGUUUCUUUGCCACUUGAUCAAUGGUAACCAUUGGGUCGCUUUAGAAGUGGAUCUUGACAAGAAAAUAAUUCAUGUUUACGACAGCAUACAGACAGUUGUCCCGAGCAUCACAGAUCUUCUAGAAGAGUGUCGUCCUUUCACGAAGAUGAUUCCGUUAUUGCUGAAUGAAAUGGUUCCAGAAAGGAAGGAGAGUUCACAACAGUUCAGGAUUUCAAGACCUAAAAGUGUGCCUAAGAAUGAAGACCCUGGGGAUUGUGGUGUUUACGCUCUGAAGUAUAUAGAGUGUAAGGCAGUUGGUUGUGGUUUUGAAGGACUUUCUGACCAGUGCAUUCCGGCAAUGCGUAUUAAGUUAGCUGCCGAGAUCUAUGAUGAGGUCUCGGAUCUGUAGUAUUUUCAUGUUUUAGAAACAAAGUUAUUGACUGCUAUGUAGUAUUUCAUGUUUUGGAAUCAUUAUCUACUUGCUGCCUUGAAGUUGUGUAAUUUCAUUAUGAAUUUUUAGUAGAAAUCGUUGGAAUCAGGCAGACUCAUAUCUGUAGACAUCGUUGCC